GCAGCGGCGGCUCCGUGUCCCCGCGGCCCGAGCUAGGGAGGCCGGGCGGAGGCCGGCGAGAGCGGCGGGCGAGCCAUGUGGUUCAUGUACGUGCUGAGCUGGCUGUCGCUGCUCAUCCAGGUGGCGUUCGUCACCCUGGCCAUCGCGGCCGGACUCUACUACUUGGCUGAGCUGAUCGAAGAGUACACGGUGGCCACCAGCCGCAUCAUCAAGUACAUGAUCUGGUUUUCCACGGCCGUGCUGGUGGGCCUCUACGUCUUCGAGCGAUUCCCCAGCUUCCUGAUCGGCACUGGCCUCUUCACCAACCUGGUCUACUUCGGCCUCCUCCAGACUUUCCCCUUCAUCAUGCUGACCUCGCCCAACUUCAUCCUCUCUUGCGUGCUGGUGGUGGUCAAUCACUACUUAGCGUUCCAGUAUUUUGCAGAGGAGUAUUACCCCUUCUCAGAGGUCCUGGCCUACUUCACAUUCUGCCUCUGGCUGAUUCCCUUUGCGUUCUUCGUGUCGCUGUCUGCCGGGGAGAAUCUCCUGCCCUCCACCGUUCAACCUGGAGAUGACGUGGUCUCCAACUACUUCACCAAAGGCAAACGAGGCAAACGUUCCGGAAUCCUGGUCAUCUUCUCCUUCAUCAAAGAGGCCAUCUUGCCCAGCCGUCAGAAGAUAUACUGACCACUCGGGGAGGGGGCGCGGGGCUGAGGAGGAGGAGGGAGCUGGGGCAGUGAACCUGGAGUUGGACCCUCCGUCGUCACCAUCCUUUGGGUGGACGUCUUGGGGGAGGGGACCCGCCCUCCGCCCUGGCUCUCUGCCCCGUCUCCCCACGUCCCUGAGGGGCCUUGGUUAGGAGCCGAGAUAGCUGAAGGCCAUGGGAGGUGACCUAGCUCUUGCUUCCGGAGGAGUCCAGAGUGAGGUAUCUGGGGAGGGCUGCCCAUCUUUGGACUCUGGGCGACUUUCAGGCCGGGAGGCCCAGAAGUGCCCCUGCUCCUUCCUCCAGAGACCAGUCAUGGGGAGGCUGGUCCCUCAGCCCCCGGGCUCUGCCACGGGGAGGCAGAGAGAGAUGGGCUCCUCCCCAUGAGGACCCCGAGGAUGGAGCCAUGACUAGGUGCAUUUCCAAAGGAAAUAGCUUUUUGGUGUUGAAUCGAACUGUGAUUUCUGUUCAAGUACAAAUACCCAUUUGAAUAAAGAUUCUAGGUGGCAUUUUUUCCUAAUGCCCUGAAAA